CUGCCCGGCCCGCUGCCCGGCCUUCCGAGCCGGCAGCCCCGGGCGGACUCGCGGGAGCCCGGGAGCCGGGAGUCCGAGCCGGCCCGCGCGCGACCCGCCCUGCCCCCGGGGAGGCGCGGCGGCGGCGGUGCGGGUGGAGGCCGUGCGGUUCCCGCGGCCAAAACCGCGCGGGGAAGCGAGCCACCAUGUUCAACCAGCUCCAGCAGCAGCAGCUCCAGCAGCAGCUCCAGCAGCAGCAGCAGCAGUUGCUGCAGCUCCAGCAGCUGCUCCAGCAGCCCCCACCUCAGGCCCCCCUGCCCAUGGCCAUGAGCAGGGGGCUCCCCCAGCAGCAGCCACAGCAGCAGCUUCUGAACCUCCAGGGCACAAACGCGGCCUCCCUCCUCAGUGGCUCUGUGCUGCUACAGCGAGCUUUGCUUCUGCAGCAGCUGCAAGGACUGGACCAGUUUGCAAUGUCACCAGCCACGUAUGACAGUACCGGUCUCACCAUGCCCACAGCAACACUGGGUAACCUUCGCAGCUACAACCUGGCCACCCCGAACCUGACAGCCCCCAGCCUCACACCCCCCCAGAUGGCCACCCCAAAUCUACAGCAGUAUUUUCCCCAGGCCACUCAGCAGUCCCUGCUGGGCCCCCCUCCUGUCAGGGUCCCCAUCAACCCCUCCAAGCUCAUCCUUGCAGGGCGGAACCCCCAGAAACAGGCCCGGACCACCCCUGAUCGCAAGGACUCUUCUUCUCAGACGAUGCCUGUGGGAGACGAGGCAGACCCCCCAGAGGGGUCUGAGGGAGCUGCGGAGCCCCGAACGGACACGCCAGCCGCUCAUCUGCCCUUCCUUCUAGACCAAGAUUCCCCUCCCUGCCCAGAUGACGUUACUAAGGAGACUUGCACUUCGGCACCUGAGCCAGAGUCCUGUGAAGCGUCUGGGCCACCAGCUAAAAGGUCAAAGAGCUCAGAGAAGCCCACAGAAAAGGGACCCCCAGGGCAGCUGCAGGCGAAGGUCCAGCCACAGGCCCGGACGACAGCGCCGAAGCAGACGCAGACGCCCGAGCUGCUGCCCGAGCCACUGGAAGCCCGAGUGCGGCCACGAUCCCAGCCACGGGUCCUGCAGAUCCAGGCCCAGGUGCAGCCGCCGCGGCAGAAGCAGGCACAGACGCAGACCUCCCCAGAGCACUUAAUGCCGCAGCAGGCACAGCCGGAGGCACAGCCGCUGACGCAGGCGCAGCUACAGGCACAUGUGCAGCCCCCAAGGCAGGGGCAGCCACAGCUGCAGGAGCAGGCACAGACCCCGACGUGUCCACAGGUCCAGGCAGGAACACAGCCGCGGGCCCAGCCAGGGGAGCGGCCACCAGAGCAACCUCCGGUGCAGUUGCCAGUGCAGCCACCCGACCAGACCCAGGGGCAGCCUGCGACGCAGCCACAAGUGCCGGCGUCAGAGCAAGCACCAGUUCCGGCUGAUUCCCCUCUGCAGGAGGCACCGCCCAGGGCAGUAGAAGCUGACGCAGGCCUGGAGGAGGCCUCACCGGAGCCGAUGGCGGCCCAGGUCAGCAUGGAGGAGAGCCAGGAGGAGCUGACCGGUGGCCUGGAUGUGGGAGAAUGUGAAAAAAGAGCAAGAGAGAUGCUCAGGGUGUGGGGUGCCGGGGGCUCCCUGAAGGUCACCAUCCUGCGGAGUAGUGACAGCCGGGCCUUUAGCACUGUACCCCUCGCACCCGGGCCGCCUCCCAGCGACUCCGCCCCCGCCACCCCUGCCGCCGCCAGCGUGCCCUCCAAGCAGGCGCUGCAGUUCUUCUGCUACAUCUGCAGGGCCGGCUGCUGCAGCCAGCAGGAAUUCCAGGACCAUAUGUUGGGGGCCCAGCACCAGCAGCGGCUCAGGGAGAUGGAGCACAUGAGCCAAGCCUGCCUCCUGUCCCUGCUGCCCGUGCCCCGGGACGUCCUGGAGAGACAGGACGAAGAGCCGCCUCUGAGGCGCUGGUGCCACACCUGCCGGGUCUACUACACGGGGGACCUGAUCCAGCACCGCAGGACGCAGGACCACAAGAUGGCCAAACAGUCCCUGCGACCUUUCUGCACCGUUUGCAACCGCUACUUCAGGACCCCCCGCAAGUUUGUGGAGCACGUGAAGUCCCAGGGGCACAAGGACAAAGCCAAGGAGAUGAAGAUGUGCGAGAAGGAGAUAGCUGGCCAGGAUGAGGACCACUUCAUCACGGUGGAUGCCGUGGGCUGCUUUGAGGACGAUGAAGACGAGGAGGAGGAGGAGGAGAAUGAGGAAGAGAUGGAGGUUGAGGAGGAACUCUGCAAGCAGGUGAGGUCCAGAGGGAUAGCCAUAGAGGAGUGGAAAGACCCAGAGACCCACAGCCCCAACACUGCACAUGGUGUGGAUUUCAUGGUGCCGGUGAUGGGCUACGUCUGCCGCAUCUGCCAGAAGUUCUACCACGGCAGCUCGGGGGCAAAGCUCUCCCACUGCAAGUCCUCGGGCCACUUGGAGAACCUGCAGAAAUACAAGAAGGCCCAGGACCCCAGCCCUGCCGCCAGGCCCGUGAGCCGCCGGUGUGCCAUCACUGCCCGGAACGCCCUGACUGCUCUGUUCACCUCCAGCGGCCGCUCACACAUCCAGCCCAGCCUCCAGGACACAGCCAAACCCCCCAGCAAGUGACUCUAGGAGGGCGGUCUCAUUACCCCCAAAUUACAGAUGAAGAAACUAAGGCCUAGCAAGGUCAAGUGGCUUGCUGAAGGUCAUACACCUGGUGAGUGGCCAGGAUUUGACUCCAGGCCUGAGCGCUGGGCCCCAGCUCUCUCCAGCCGGAUUCUGUGGGAGGGGAAGUACAGGCAGGGGGAACCUUGCUGCUCUUCCCGUUCCGAGCUCGUGGUGCACUAACGGUGACCCUGCCUUCUCGUCAAGUGACCUGCGAUGAAUCGUCAGUGACUGGAGCCCAGGCUAAGUUGGAUCUUUAGUUCUGCUAUUUCCCCAUUUGGAAAGACCCUUACAGAUCAGACAACCAGACCAACCGUACUGUUGGCCAGCUGGGGAAACUGGGGCCAAGAGCGGGAGGGUGGUGCCCGAGGGGGCACGGCAUGCCUUGGUGUCGGUUGUCAGUGAAAGCCCUAGUACCCAGAGGAGCUAAGUGCAUCCCACGGGGUCACACAGCAUGUCCAGUGCUGUCUCAACCUGGCAGGGAAGCACUGCCGGCCAGGAGCAUUCCAGCGGGGGAGGAAGUCCCGACCUCACCUGUACCCCGUGUCCAGAAAUAAAGAAAACAGGAACCGCCCCCCUCCAGGCCCAUGAGCAACACCCGGAACGCCCUGACUGCUCUGUUCACCUGUCGGCCCCCGGGGUUCUCAUCCAGGAUCCAGUCAGAGGCGCAGUGCUACUGCAGACACGUUUAAUGUGGACAUUCAAGGCCUGGGCAGAGCGGAGCGUGCCCAGGAGCGGGACAGGCAGGCAAGGUGGGGGGGUUGCAGGCCCACACCUGACGCCAGGAGGGAAGGCUGGGUGGUGGGAGGUGGCCCAUACACGCCGAGGGGAGAAUCUGGAGAGCGGCUCAGGCAGGCAGAGCCGCCGGGGGACCUGUAGGCCAGCCCUUGAGAAGGCAUCUAAUCGGGUGGUGAGUGCCCCGGCUGGAGCCUGGCCCUGGAGGCAGGGUGAGGGCUGCCUGGAGGCUCCUGGAGCCUAGGUGCUGGCGUCGUAGUCGUAGUCGCAGUCGUAGUCGUCGUCGGGGUCCUCCCCCAGCUGCUGCUGGAACUCCAGGCGCGUCUGCCGGUUGGACUCCAGCAGCUCCUGGAGGCGGGCGUGGAGGUGGUCGUUCUGCUCUUCCAGGUGGUCCAGGCAGGAGUUGAUCUGGUCCAACAUGGAGUUGAUGGCAGCGUAUUCUGGAGGAAGGGAAAGAGAGCCAAGAUCCCAAGUCUCCUCAGCGCUCAGACACCCCUCACCCGCAACCACCACCCCCAGCCUGACUCCAAAAGGGCUUUGGCAAGUCCGUACUCCUUCCUGAGCCUCCGUGUCACUGUGGGGAAAGUGGGUGGGUAUAAAAAGAGGGAAGGCUUUGGAGAGAGAAUACCUUAGCACACCAGGCUCAGCCAGGGUCCUGCCUGGGAAGUCCCGCCUGAUACCAAUCUCCUUUCCACUCCUUCACCUGCCGAGAGGCCAGAGCCCACAUUCCUGAGUGGGGCAAUCCAGGCCUGUCCCCAGGCAAGUCCAUCCUGCCAGCUCUUCCAUGGCCUUUGCCCCCACGAUAAGGCACCCAGAUUCCAAGACCCCACUCUCCUCUCACAUCUGCCUUUGCCCACCUCAGGCCCCUUGAACACGCUGUUGCCUCUACCUGGAGUGCACCGUACCCCCCUCCUGUCUCCCUCCCUCCUCCUGGAUGAGUCCUACUCAUGCUUCAAGUCUCAGCACGGCUGUCACCACAGGGAGCCCUCCCAGCACCCCAGACGAGAUCAGGCCUCUAUGCCCGAUCCCCGUCCGCACACCUCGGGGGCCCUCCCUCUGGAUGUGAUCAUCUGUGCUGGUCUGCCUCCCCGACCAGACCAUAGAGCUCCGUGAGAAGUGUUCACCGCCGUUUCCCCGAGGCCCUCGCCGACACACAAGGAACAUUUGUUGAAUGAGUGAAUGAAUAGAGGAAUGAAUGAAGCCUCUAACUUUCCAGUCCUUUUUCUGCCUUUGCUCGACUGCCCCUGCCACCCAGAAUACAACAACAGCCAUUUAACAACUAGCUCAAAACACCUCUUCUGAGAAGCCUUCCCUGAUCUCCACCAGAAAUCAUCACUCCCUCCUCCCCAACCACUCCUGACCUGCACCCAGCAGCACAAUGUCCCUUAGGGCCCAAGGUCUGGGCCUGUGCCCACUGCGGGAGCCAGUUCUGAGCCAGCCCAUGACUCAGAUACACUCCGCUGCCAGCUUGGGACCAAGGGGAAGUGGCUGGCAGUGUUUGGAAAAGGCCAGCGCUGGAGGGUGUCUGGGAUAUGGAUGCAAAUGUGUCUGCAUUCUGGAGGAAGAGCGCCCAUCACCCAGAGUUGGCACACCUCAGAGGCCAGAGGCCUGGGAAGUCUCUGCUGGGCUUUACAGUCCAACCACCUUGUGGUACAGGUGGGGAAACUGAGGCCAGGAAGGAAAGGACUUGCGCAGGGUCCUCCAGCUAGUCGGAGGCCGGAGCCAAGACGCAGACCUGGGAAGUGGGGCACCUGGGCUUCAGCCCCAGCUCUGCUCCAUCCCAGGAAGUUGCUGCAACCUUUCUGGAAAAGGGAGAGACAGUCCUGGUGGCUGUGAGGACUCAAGUAUAUCAAGAACUCAGACAGGGUCUGGCCGCAGCAAGUACUUAAUACUUGGUCAUUAUUAUCAACGUUGCACAUUCUGUGUCAAGAGACACAGCCAGGGAAGGAUGGGGGCGGCGGUGUCUCCACAACACUGGGGCCGGGCUCUAUCUGUGUCAAGGGUGCUUCCCAUUCCCAGCCUGUGCCUCCCUCCUCCCCACUGUGCUAAGUGCUGUGAACUGGCCGGCGACCACUCAAUGUGACUCCUGGGAGGCCCGUCCUGAUGCAGCUUAACACACAUCUGGCCACCGUUCAGGGCAAAGCGGCCAGCUCACCACUCUUCCCAUGGGAGGUCUACCUCUAUUAAACGCAGGCCCUGGGUUAUGGGAGUGUUGUAAAACUAUUGAGGUGAUGCCCUCGCUGGUUUGGCUCAGUGGAUAGAACAUCAGCCUGCAGGCUGAAGGGUCCUGGGUUCGAUUCCAGUUAAGGGCACAUGCCCAGGUUGCAGGCUUGAUCCCCAGUAGGGGGCGUGCAGGAGGCAGCCAAUCAAUGAUUCUCAUCAUUGAGACUUCUACCUCUCGCCCUCUCCCUUCCUCUCUGAAAUCAAUAAAAAAAUAAAACUAUUGAGGGGAUAGAUGCACACUCUGGAUACUGUGAAACCCACUGAAUUGUACAAUUUAAAUGGAUGAGUUGUAUAGUAUGUGAAUUAUAGCUCAAUAAAGCUGUUACCAAAACAAAA